GCGGGGUUGUAUGUGAGAAGGUCAAGAUUAGGAGCUCGCAUGCAUCUGGUGCCUGGAUGCGGCAGAACUUCGGAACAUUAUUGUUCCAGCUGUUGAAGCUCGACAGACGCGCAGCCGUGUCUACCUGCCCUUGUCAAUCAAUCAACGUCCACAUUCAAACCGCCAGCCUCACUUUCUCCUCAACUCAACCACGAAGCUUUCACAACACACAAGAGAGCUGUCUAAUACUGCUACACCUGAAGAUACCCUUGAUAGAAAUCACUGAAAAUGAGCUCCCCCUUCUCCAUCAAUGGCGGCGCCUGCGUAGCAAUGGUUGGCAAGGACUGCGUAGCCAUCGCAUGCGAUCUCCGACUCGGUCUCCAAGCUCUCACCAUCUCCAACAACUUCCCCAAGAUCUUCUCCUACGGUGACGUCUACCUUGGUCUCACCGGUCUCGCCACCGACGUCUCUACAGUCUCCGACCUCCUCCGCUACAAAGUUAACAUGUACCGUCUCCGCGAGGAGCGCAACAUCUCGCCAUCGACUAUGGCAAACCUGGUGUCCAGCAGCCUGUACGAGAAGCGUUUUGGUCCGUACUUUAUUGCUCCGAUUUUGGCGGGGAUCGAUCAGAAGAGUGGGAAGCCGUUUAUUUGUGGGUUCGAUAGUAUUGGGUGCAUUGAUUUCGCGAAGGACUUUAUUGUUUGUGGGACGGCGAAUGAUCAGUUGUUUGGUACUUGUGAGGGUCUUUGGGAGCCGGACUUGGCACCAGAAGAUCUCUUCGAGACCAUCUCGCAAGCCCUACUCAACGCCGUCGACAGAGAUGCUCUUUCCGGUUGGGGUGCACACGUCUACAUCAUCGAGAAGGACAAGGUCACCAAGCGGUUAUUGAAGGGUAGACAGGAUUAGACGAUUGACAGAAAACGAAGUUGGCGUUUCCUUCAUGGAUGGAUGGAUGGCAUGGGCGUUGGAGAUAUCAGAGAGAUAGCGAGUCAAGUUUUAGUCUGCGAGGGCUGGCUUCGACCUUCUCCUAUGUACACUAGAUCGGGUACGAUACGAUAUUUGCAUGCAUGCAUGGCAUUGCGGUGCGGCUCAUGAGAGCAGAGCAAAAUGAUAUGACUUGAU